AUGCAGGGAAAUGAUUGUUUUCUGUCAAGAUAUCUCCUUUCCUCGUCCUCCUCCUCUUCCUCCUCCUCUUCUUCUUCCUCCUUUCUUCUUCUUCCUCCUCUCUUUCUUCUUCCUCUCUUCUUCUUCUUCUUCCUCCUCUCUUUCUUCUUCCUCUCUUCUUCUUCCUCCUUUCUUCUUCUUCUUCUUCUUCUUCUUCUUCUUCUUUUCCCCCUCUUCUUCUUCUUCUUCUUCUUCUUCUUCUUCUUCUUCCUCUUCUUCUUCUUCGUCUUCUUCGUUUUCAUCUUCCUCCCUUUUUCUUCUUCUUCUUCUUCUUCUUCUUCUUCUUCUUCUUCUUCUUCUUCCUCCUCCUCCUCCUCCUCUCCUUCUUCUUCCUCUCUUCUUCUUCUUCCUCUUUUCUUCUUCUCCUCUUCUUCGUCCUCUUCUUCUUCCCCCUCCUCCUCCUCCUCUGUUUCUUCUUCCUCUCUUCUUCUUCUUCCUACUCUUAUUUUCCCUUUUUCCUUGCUCUCCUUCUCCCUCUUUUUCUUUCCCUCCUUUCUCUUCUUCCUUUUCCUCCUCUUUUUCUUCCUCUUCAUCGUCUUCUUCCGCCACUUCUUCUUCCUCGUCCUCCUAUUCUUCUUCUAA